GUGGGCUUGGCCUCUGCCGUGAGAGGAUGUGUGUUGCACCACAAUUUUUUAGAGAAAAAAGAAAAUGUCGAAGUGCCUAUUAACCGAAUAGUGAUAAGUAACCAAUUUUAGUGUAUUUUGUGAUAGAACUAUUGUAGUUGUGUUUUGUUUGAACUGAAUAGAUAAAUGAUUAGUUAGUCAAAUAAAAAAUCCAUUACUGUUUGCUAAUUAAAAUAAUAACUCAUGAUUAUUUCUUUAUACUAAAGACAUAAUACGUACAAAGAUAUAAAAUACUUUUAACGUUAACCCGUUCACUGCGCACGGCUGAUAUAACGCGUGAUUUAUCACGGGGCUGUGACUUUCACGGGGCGCGGGUGUGAUUAUCAUCAGUGAUGGUGAUGGCCAGCGGUGGUGGCGGGCUGGUGCAAUCCCCGCCCGACAUGUUGCACCACCACAACAUCAUGGACACAUCUUCUCAUGUCGAAAUGAUGCCCAAGAAGCUGCGGCUCUCGCUCUGCGUGGGCUGCGGGGGCCAGAUCCACGACCAGUACAUCCUGCGGGUGGCGCCGGACCUGGAGUGGCACGCGGCCUGCCUCAAGUGCCAGGAGUGCAGGCAGUUCCUGGACGAGUCGUGCACCUGCUUCGUGCGGGACGGCAAGACGUAUUGUAAACGAGAUUAUACUAGGUUAUUCGGUACAAAAUGCGACAAGUGUGGAUCGUCCUUUAGCAAAAAUGACUUCGUAAUGCGAGCGAAGACGAAAAUCUACCACAUCGACUGUUUUAGGUGUUGUGCCUGCGCUAGACAACUAAUACCUGGUGACGAAUUUGCGUUAAGAGAAGGCGGUGCUUUAUAUUGUAGGGAAGAUCAUGAUGUUUUAGAAAAAAGUGCAAACACGAGUGGCAGCAGUAGUGGCAAUGCGGAAAGCAACAACAACACAACACUUAGCAAUAACAACUCACACCAUCCGCCCGAGUUGGGCUCUAUGUCAGAUUCCGGUAGCGAGUCCGGGUCUCACAAGAGCGGGCGGGCGCGAGGCAGUGCGGCGGCCGACGGCAAGCCGACGAGGGUGCGCACAGUGCUCAACGAGAAACAGCUACACACCUUGAGAACCUGUUACGCAGCGAACCCUCGACCCGACGCGCUGAUGAAGGAGCAGUUAGUAGAAAUGACCGGCCUCAGCCCGAGAGUGAUCAGGGUGUGGUUUCAGAACAAAAGGUGCAAAGACAAGAAGAAAACUAUACAACUGAAAAUGCAAAUGCAACAGGAAAAGGAAGGUCGGCGACUGGGGUAUAUGUCCAUGGGCGUGCCGCUAGUAGCGGGGUCGCCGGUGCGGCACGAGGCGGGCGGCUCCCUGGCGCUGGAGGUGACGGCGUACCAGCCGCCGUGGAAGGCGCUGAGCGACUUCGCGCUGCACGCUGACCUGGACCGCGCGCCGCAUCACAGCGCCGCGUUCCAGCAGCUCGUCAACCAGAUGCACGGCUACGACAUCCCCUCCCUCCCGCCUCCCCGGCCCGCUCACGGCGGCGAGGAUAACUACGUCACCUACCUCGAGAGCGAUGACAGCCUGCCGCCGUCGCCCUAGUGCCGUCUCUCUUAACACCCUCCAACAGAGAGGGAUGCUUAUAGACUCUUCUUCUGACAGUCACAGUUAUUAAUAUCAAGGUUAUCCUAACUAGCAAUUCUUUAUAAUGUAAGGGAUGUGUCGUGCGACGACCUUUCACAGUGAUAUAGUUGUAAGGCAGCAACUACAUAUAGGGAAAUAGUUACUAUAUAAUUUAUUUUAACCCUAUUCUAGUACAUACACAGUAUAACUGGCAAUUAAAAUGCACAAAGGUGUUCCUAAUACUAUUUAUACUUAUACUACCCUCAAAAUAUGUAUAAUGGACUUAUAUGACUUGAAGCUAUUUGUCGGACGACUGAAACAAUGUGAUCGGUCGAUCGAAAUCGGGUGAUUGAUCUGAACCGUUGUCACGUGCUUCCUAAAGUCACCAUAGUCCAAACUUAUAGUUGCCAUAGGCUUUUUUAUUGACGAAUUUUUAGCCAACACAGGCUCUUCCUUUAGUAAAAGUAAACCUACUGUACAACGUUGCUUUUAAUUGUUGUACAUUAAUAAUUGUGCAAUAAUUAUUGCACUGUUUUACCACUGUAUCACUGUUGAAGUCAUCAAACGUAGUGAACGUCUCUUAGUUAAACAAAGUGAUAGUGAUUCUCGAUUGCAUAAAGCACCUUCGAUAUCGCCUUACUUAUAAUAAAUAAUUUAUGUGUAAUUAGUAUCUCUAAAGUGUAAGGUUUCAAGUAUUAUUAAAAAAAUAUAAAAGUUGUUAACUUUUUCAAUGAUACAUGUAUCAUACCAGUGUAUUUAAUUUAUUGAGUGGUAAAAGCCAACCGAAUCGUGUAUAAGUAAGUCAAUUUAUUCCAUGAAGUCCAUUUGGCUUUAGUGACAGAGUAAGAUGACAAGCGUGUUUGUGUGUGUAUAAACUGGUCACCAGCAAAAAAGCACACAUUUGCAUUUAGGAGGGGCUACAGACCUUCAGUUUUAACUGUGCCGUUUUAACUGUACAGUGUUAACUGUACAGUUUUAACUGUGCAGUUUUAUCUAAUUACAUUACAAAAGUUAUGCAGUUAAAACUGACGGACACUACACACGGAGAAUCUGAACUGUUGGACUGUGAAGUUAAAAUUUUAUAAAGCCAUUUCUGUGUCUAUUGUACAGAUUUGUUAUUGAUAUUUAAGUUUUAAAUCUGUAUUUUUAGUAUAUCUAUCUUAUAUCAUAUUAUGUUAAUUAAUUUGUGUGCUUAAAUGUCGUUGGCUUGUCUAAAUUAAUAAAUAAAUAAAACUGCAGGUCUGUACAGCGGGUAAAGCCUCAUUCGCACGUGAGUUAUAAAAGCGAUACGUUAAAACCCAGCGUUGGCGCUUUUAUAACGUUCUUAAUUUAAUUCAUGGUCUAUUUCCAACGCCUAAAAUUCAAAAUGCAACACUGUUCGAUAAAAAAGCGUCGUGUUUUAAAAACGCUGUCAUGUGAACAUAUACUUAGGAAUGCAUUUGUUGUAUUUGAACGCUUUUAUAACGUCCGUUAAAAAAGCUCUCGUGCGAAUGAGGGCUAAAAUUCCUUCAGUCUAACCAACGCUCCAUAAACAUUGUUCAUCACGUCAUCCACGUUACACGAUUAAGCUUUAGCCCUCAUUCGCACGUUAAUAAAGCGUUCAAAUAUAGUAUGAAGUUAAAUAAAGUGUUAUUUCCAACGCCUAAAAUUGAAAAUACAACACUGAAGAAUAAGAAAACGUCGUGUUCAAAAACGAUGUCGUGUGAACAUAUACUUGGGAAUGCAUUUAUUGUAUUGAACGCUUUUUUAACGUCCGUUAAAAAAACUCUCGUGCGAAUGAGGCCUGAAUUUUCUUCAGUUUAACCAACGCUAAUAAAACAUUGUUUUGUUUUGUUGUCUCAUGUUACACGAUUGUUUUUUACUGUAUCUACUAAGUUACAUCGUAAAAAUAUCAUCAUGGGUCAGUGCAAAAAAUUUUAGUAUUUAACGAAUAAUGGACUUGCCAUGUUUUAAAUUUUGUUCUGUAAAUAUAUUAAUAAGCCAAUAUCUGAGGGUGUAUGUUUCAAUAUUGACCUUAUUCCCGAAGGAAUGAUUAUACCUAUCUUUCAAAAUUUAUUGUUUACUUUAAAAAAAAUGCGUUUAUUUAUGAUUUAGGUACACAGACGUACCAACAAUACCUUAUGUAAAGUGUAUUUACAAUUUGUAUGUGAUGUUUACCAUUAGUUGUAUACUUUAACAUUUUUACCGUGUAGGUAUUUUAUUUAAUGUCUGUAUAUCCUUUAUUUAAAAUGGUGUUCUUAGCCGUCGUGUUGUAUAUAGUUUUUAUGUAAAUAAUUUGUAUAAACUUAAAUAAAAUAAAUCAUUUACCUGCAAAUUAAUCAUUAAGCAUAUUUUAGAUAGUGUAAGCCUUUAUGCUAAUGCAUAUAAACCAAAACUCUUGUGAAAAUAUUUCAAUUUAAGUAGGAAAUGUUAAGUCUUAUGUAAGCGACAAAAAAUGUUACAUUUCACAGCAAACAAUAAAGAAAACAUUUACUUCAGGUACAUUAAUAUCGUUUUUAAAAAUCAAUAAUAAUAAUAUUCAUUUUUGGAAAUCAAACUAAAACGUCUUUCUCCAUACCCAACCUCUCUUUGAAAUAAAAUUCGUAAGUUGUGAAACAGUAACAAGUAUAGAUUGUCAAAGUCUGAAUAGUAAGUUAUAGUAGACUGCAUUGUUAUUUAACAUCAAAUGUUUUCCUUGGCACAUAUCAACAGUAAAACGCAGAAUUGAUAACGAAUAAAACAAAAUUGAUUAGAAUGGAACUAACACGAACGGUAGAUGAAGAAAAUAUUCGCGAAGAAAUUCUAGAUUGGAUUCUAGAUUGAAUUCUAGAUUGUAUUACAGAUAUACCAACCACCGUUGCCGAAUGUUAUUUUGUGAAAGACAGGAUAAAUAAAGGAUAUUAUGUAAUGAAAUUAGAGGCACGUAUGAAACUGCAUCAGAAACCAAAAGCAAUAGGUAGGUACCUACCUACUGCUUUUCACCAGUUUUAACAAGUGAUAAAAACAUUAAUAUGAGUUACAGUUACAGGCAUGAAAGUCAUUAAUAGAAAAAUGUUAAUUAUUCAAAUCGAGGGACAAUAGAGAGAAGAAAGACCAAAUAAAAUGGUCAGAGUGUAUAAGAGUAUUUUAUUAUAUAAGUGAACAAAAUCAUCUCGAUGAUGAUAAAGAUGACAAAACAAUUCUCAUUAAAUUUUUGAUAAUUUAUUAUGUACGGUUUCACACAAAAUAAAACAAAUGGAUUAAUCUGAAGAGUACCUGAUAACUUUCUAAAAACUUUGGUAUUAAUGGAACACAUUUUUUAUCGCUUACAGGGCGUAACUUAUAUUAAAAAUUUUAAAUUUCAUUAUGUAACAGUUCUGCGAGAUUCUUGUUACAUUAAUAUCUAUGAAGUAUGAAGUUUAUAAUUUAUCCUUUGUUUUUCUUUGUUCUAUAAUUAUGCAUUUUCAUUUAAUUAUUCCGUUGCUAUACAACAUCCAUUAAUAAAAUAAUCAAAAUAUCUGUGGAAACUUUAUUAAGGUGAUUUUUUUGUUAUACAAGUAUUAAGGGUAUUAAACUAAUCAUUUCGAUAGAGAUUACCAGAUUUUAAUUUAUUCUGUAGCUAAAACUAUACACUACUUAGAUUGUGAGAAUAAUAAUAAUAUUAUUAAUAAAACAUUGAGUACCUAA